CGGACUCUCGUCGCUGCUGCUUCCUCUUCUUCUUUGUUUGGCUCUCAAUCAGCAUUUACUUUCUUCUGUUUCACAUUUUCUCCCGUCUGUUUGGAUAGAGAGAAAAAUUUGAGAGGAGCGGCGGAGUUUGGAAUUGAAGGGAGCUGGCAAUGGCGGUGUCUAAGAAAUGGGCGUGUGCGUCCUUGGCUUUGCUGCUUGUGUUGCUUGUCGCUGCUGCAAUGGCGAUUGUGCGGAACGAAAUAAUCUCUGUAUUCAGCAAUGCAGAAGCAGAAAAGUUGCAGAGCUCGAAGAAUUCAACAAUGGCGGCAGCAAGGGUUGAAGAAGUUGAGGAAUUGAGUGAGCAUGCGGUGGGCGACCCGGAUGCAGUUGCUGCUGAAGUUGAGUCCAUCAUUGACAUGAGCAUCGGCAAUGUUACUGAAAGGAGGAAUUUGGGCUUCUUCUCUUGUGGAACGGGCAACCCCAUUGAUGAUUGCUGGCGUUGUGACCCCAACUGGCAGAAAAACCGCAAGCGCCUCGCAGACUGUGGGAUUGGUUUUGGGAGGAAUGCAAUUGGUGGCCGUGAUGGGCGCUUCUAUGUUGUCACUGAUCCCGGUGAUGAUGACCCUGUUAACCCCAAGCCUGGUACCCUACGCCAUGCUGUGAUCCAGGACAAGCCUCUCUGGAUCGUGUUCAAGAGGGACAUGGUAAUAACGUUGAAGGAGGAGCUGAUCAUGAACAGCUUCAAGACCAUUGAUGGCCGAGGUGUCAAUGUCCACAUUGCUAAUGGAGCAUGCCUCACAAUCCAGUAUAUUACCAAUGUUAUCAUUCACGGUCUCCACAUUCAUGACUGCAAGCCCACUGGGAAUGCCCUGGUGAGAAGCUCACCGAGUCACUUUGGAUGGAGGACAAUGGCUGAUGGUGAUGGCAUCUCUAUCUUUGGAUCUAGCCACAUCUGGAUCGAUCACAAUUCUCUGUCUAAUUGUGCUGAUGGUCUUGUUGAUGCUGUCAUGGGCUCAACUGCUAUUACCAUCUCCAACAACCACUUCACCCACCACAAUGAGGUGAUGUUGCUGGGUCAUAGCGACUCUUAUACAAGGGACAAGCAGAUGCAGGUGACUAUUGCCUACAACCACUUUGGAGAGGGGCUUAACCAGAGAAUGCCGAGGUGCAGGCAUGGCUAUUUCCAUGUGGUGAACAAUGACUACACUCACUGGGAAAUGUAUGCCAUUGGUGGAAGUGCAAACCCCACCAUCAACAGCCAGGGCAACCGUUAUGCUGCUCCGACAAACCCUUUUGCGAAGGAGGUUACUAAGAGGGUAGAUACAGCUGAAGGACAGUGGAAAAGUUGGAACUGGAGGUCUGAAGGAGACCUGAUGGUUAACGGUGCCUACUUCACUGAAUCUGGAGCAGGAGCCUCUGCCAGCUAUGCCAGGGCCUCAAGCUUGGGAGCCAAGUCCUCUUCCAUGGUUGCAGCCAUGACUUCCAAUGCUGGUGCUCUUCCCUGCCGCAGAGGCCACCAAUGCUAGUACCUGCGUCAAUUAAACUGGCCAAUCAAACGGCCAUGUUACUCCCUGUUUAAUUUCCCUUAAUCUUCCUAAAGCACAUAUUACCAACUCCACAUCUACAUUUCCUACCAAUCAUUUCUUUCCCCUACAUCAUCAAAUAUUUUGACGAAGUGUACAUUAUUACACAUUGUCAUUAUAUUGUCCCCCUCAUUUUCCCCUCAUCUCAUUUCUCUCAAUCUGCUAUUUUUUAUCGACCUCCGCCUGUUUCAUCUCAAGUAAAACAAAGCCAUUUCCAGCAGCAGGUGCGGAAGCGUUGUUCCACCUAUCAUCCCUUUAGCCAACAUAUGCCAUCUUUUGUCCAUCAGCGUCAAUCUUGGUCUUUACACUUGUCUUUCGGUUUUUAUUUUAUAGGGUCUAAAUAAUUUGGCGAUUAAUUUUCUUUACUUCUGUUCUUUUAACCUCGUGUGUAGUCAUACAAGCAAUAGUAUGAAUGUCAAAAUUUGAGUUCCAAAAGACCCUAUUUUACGGACGAUGAUGCAUAGCAAUAGUAGUGAUGUUUCUUUUCACCUUUUUCUUUAGAAAUACCCGCCCUUUCAGUGACUCAGGAAUGAUAGAGACGGUAGCCAAACACGUGUUCAAAAUGUCAAUAUUGGGAAUUUGGGAUGCCAGGACAGUUCUUGCAAUACCCUUGAUGAUCUGAAGCUGUAUGUUUGAAAGUACAUCCCCUUUAAAUUUCAUGACUAUAAAGACUAACUACAACU